UCAGUUCCACUCAGAUAACCCCUAACCAUCAUUGGACCUCAAGCCAAGCUGUGACCCCAGGGCUUGAACUCUGUGGUCAUGUGACCAGGCAGUAAAGUGACCAGUGGUGUUGGCUUAGGAGUCUAUGCUCAGAGAGAGGACAGUCUGUAGACGGAAGAGGUUGUCUGUCAGAGAGAGAGAAAGACAGAGACAGAGAGAGAGAAGGACAAGAGUCAUGAGGCUCCCAUGCCCUGUGGCUUUUCUUUAGCGGAAUCUGUGCAUGAAUGGCGUCCCGGCAAACUGGGAGAAGCAUGAAAUGGAUACAUGGGAAGAUGAUGCAGCUGACCCACGUGUUUGCCUCAUCUGUGGAGACCGCGCCACAGGCCUGCACUAUGGCAUCAUCUCCUGCGAGGGCUGCAAGGGCUUUUUCAAGCGCAGCAUCUGCAACAAGCGCGUGUACCGAUGCAGCCGAGACAAAAACUGUGAAAUGUCGCGCAAGCAACGCAACCGCUGCCAAUACUGCCGCCUGCUCAAGUGUCUACAGAUGGGAAUGAACCGCAAAGCAAUCAGGGAAGAUGGGAUGCCAGGAGGGAGAAACAAAAGUAUCGGGCCUGUCCAGAUCACAGAUGAAGAGAUAGAGCGGAUCAUGUCGGGACAGGAGUUCAAGGAGGAAGCCAGUCUGCCGGAGCACACCUGGAGCAACAACGGUGACAGUAGUGACCACAGUUCUCCUAGCAACGGCGCCUCCGAGGGCAACCAACCUUCACCUGCUUCCACUCUAUCAUCCAAUCGUUCUUUAGAGAUGGGUGGUGGCUACACAGCUGCUGUCAGGGACCAGUACAUCAACGCCCCCAUGAACACCCCCUACCAGCUGCUACCUCACCUCUUUAGCUACGCUGCCCAGUCAGGCCUGCUGGCCCCCCAGCCCCGCAGCCUCUACCCCCAGUCACACCCCCUGGUGAUGCAGCUUGUGGCUGCAGAGGACCUGGCCCCACUGGCCACCCCCAUGCUGAUAGAGGAAGGGUACAAGGUGACUCAGGUGGAGUUGUUUGCGCUGCUGUGUCGUCUGGCCGACGAGCUGCUGUUCCGUCAGAUCUCGUGGAUCAAGAAGCUGCCGUUCUUCUGUGAGCUGUCUAUUGAGGACUACACCUGUUUACUCAGCUCCACCUGGCAGGAGCUGAUCCUGCUGUCCUGCCUCACCAUCUACAGUGCACAGAUCUUUGGAGACCUGGCUGACGUCACCGCCAAGUACACUCCCUCUGAUGAGGAGCUGCAGGGGUUCAGUGAGGAUAGCAUGGAGUUAAUGGAGAGGCUGAUCUAUCUGUUCCGCAAGUUCCACCAGUUGAAGGUCAGCAACGAGGAGUACGCCUGCAUGAAAGCCAUCAACUUCUUGAACCAAGAUAUCCGCGGUCUGACUAACGUCUCCCAGUUGGAGCAACUGAACAAGCGCUACUGGUACGUGUGUCAGGACUACACCGAGUACAAGUACCCUCACCAGCCCAAACGCUUCCCUGAGAUCAUGAUGUGUCUGCCAGAGAUCCGUUUCAUGGCAGGGAAGCUGGUGAACGUUCCUCUGGAACAGCUCCCCCUCUUGUUUAAAGCAGUUUUGCACUCCUGCAAAUCCAGCUUCAUCAGCAACAGGACAGGAAGUUCUCCCUGUAUGCCUACUACUGGUACCUCCCCCGGGAACUGAGCCCCGCACCCUGGCCCCAGGACCGCCCUUUGACAAGAAUCUUACCUGGGGGGUGGGGCCAGGGACUGGUCCCCCUUCCUGUGAAUGUGACAAGCAAUUUUUGUUCUCUAUAUAUUUAUUACACGACAGAGCUGAAUGUAUGCUGAUUUACGCUGUGCACAUGCUUCUGUACAAACUAAAUGCACAUAGAUGCAUUGGUCUUUGGAGUUUACAAAUAUGUAUCCGAUUGCUCAACGUGUCGGUGUUGCCAUUGUUAGAACUAGAUUUUUAAGAUUUAUUUGAUUCGGAAUGGGGACGGGUAUAAAUGAGUUGACAAGUGUUUUGAGACUACCUCAGGAAGAUGAUGUUGCUAUUUUCAGGUACCUUUUUCUCGCUGUUUUGAAAUGAAGAGGUUGCCCGGUCUAAAUCAAAUCCCUGUAAAUGCUGUAAACUCCUGAAUCAUAGAAGAUAAGUCGGCCUUUACCAUUACAUUGACCAAAGGCAUUGCUGCAUAUUCAUUUGAACCAAAGAUAGGAAAGCAUUCAACCCUGCAAUCAACAAAUGAAUGUCCUGAAUUUCCCACUAGUUCUGGUGUAUUUUCUCACUUCUUGUAGUAUUUUUGUACCCUCUUUCAUACAAUCCACAAACAGACAUCCUGUAGGGAUGGCCUGGUCAAUGUAACAUUCCUUGUCUUUCAGUGAGGUGAAAUUUUGUUGGAUUGUGGGAUCUUCAUAGAAAACAAGCAUACAGGUAUUUUCUACAAUCAUAGACUGCAGAGCAAAUUUAGUUGCAUAGUUGCAGGGGUAGGGGAAAUGUGUUAUUAGCUUUAAUGAUAUUUUUUUGACCAAAGUGAUAUGCAAAGUUUUUUAAGCAGCACCCAUAGAUUAGUGAUUAGUCGAUAGCUCAGUGUAAUGGUUUCUUAUCAAUGAAGGACCAGGAUAAGAAAUGAAUCAAUCUGUUUAAGAGCCAGAGGGGAGACUCUCAGACAGACAGUGUAGCGCGUUCUUAUCUUAACCCCUAGGCUGAGACACCACAAACAAUGGCUCCACUCUCUUCUCUCCUAGUCCCUGUUGCACCCAUCUAUUCCUUCAGACAUACAACCCAUCUUGGCUUUCAGCCCUCCACUGGUACUUCCUUGCCCAAACCUGAGCCUCUGCACAUGCUCACUGGGUUGAUGGUCCGAUCUGCACAGUUAGGCUACAAGGAAAUGCUGGCUUGUUCAUUUGUACUACUACAUUUGUAGACAGUGUUGGGUUUAGAAUGCUCAGGUGACUGUAUUUUGACUGCAACAGAGGAGAGAUGGAGGAGACAUUAGGGGCAUGUCUAUUAAUCUGGUCUGGGUUGACAGACUAGAGGUUACUUCUGGCUUGCACACAUUGUUUAAAAAAGCUAUAUAAAGAAAUAGGUUCUUUAUUUAUGAAGUAUGAGAUGAUCAUUUCAACCAGCCGUUAGCCGUUUCAUAACAACCAUUGUUUAAAAUGUGGAGCAAUGCAGUCCUUGCAACGACUCUUUUAUGCAUGCUGUGGUGAGGCAGGAGACAUUCCUUGACUAUUACCAUGGCAAAGUGCCCACCCCGCAUUCUCCUCUCUCCCAGGUCCUAGUGGACCGGUAUUUAAACAGGGUAAAGUGAGUGUUAUGUAUUGCAUUCAUGAGUUACUCAGUGAUCACUAUGCUGAUGUACUUGUAGGAUUCUUAAUUGUAGAAUUCUGGACAUUGUAGGUCCUUUUAGAAAGUGUUUCAUUUUUCAUUUUUCUUCUGUUUUAUGAAAGUGGCUGUUGUUUACGGGCUUGUUUUAAGACUUUAACUGUUGCUCCCAGUUCAGUGUUUAGCUUAUUUGUCGGAAGAUGGUCGGAGACAGGACUUAACAUCAGCAAGGUCAGAGAGGUCUCUUUUCCACUCUGAGCAUAACCAAGCUAACCUCAAUCAACAGGUGGGCUUACGAUUGCUGCCUCCAUCACUGGGUCUAGACUAGUCUGUCUAUAUCUUCUUAGCCUUAACACUGUACUACACUGUACCAUUUAAUGUCCUGAACCACACUUUGAAUACUUUCACCAAUGCAGUGUUCUUUGUUUCAGUAGUUUCAAUUAGCCACCUUUCCAUGUUUUGUUGUGAUAUAUUUCAUGUAUUUUGUUUUUUGGAGUGGAAAAAGACCCCUAUCAUUUGUUUUAUUUUUAAUUAUUUCUGAUGGAUGUUGGAUGUGAUUCUAUCAACUUGAUGCCACAGUUCCAAAGGAAAUAAUGUUCAUGGUAUUGAUAUUACAAUUCUAAAGUGUUUACGAAUUGAUAACUUUUACUAUUACCAUAAACACUGAUUUGAUGAAUAGAAUGAUAUAUGCAGAGAGUGAAUUAACCAAUGGCAGGCCCCUGUGAAACCGGUAAAUAUACAGUGCAUUCAGAAAGUAUUCAGACAUCUUGACUUUUUCAAAAUGUUGUUACUUUACAACCUUAUUCUAAAAUGGAUUCAAUUGUUUUUUUUUACUCAUCAAUCUACACACAAUACCCCAUAAUGACAAAGCAAAUGUAUUAAAAAGAAAAAACAGAUAUCACAUUUAAGUAAUUAUUCAGACCCUUUACUCAGUCCUUUACUCAGUACUUUGUUGAAGCACCUUUGGCAGUGAUUACAGCCUCGAGUCUGUAUUUGAGAUGUCAGAUCGGGUUCAAGUCCGGACAUUCAGAGACUUGUCCUGAAGCCCCUCCUGCGUUGUCUUGGCUGUGUCCUUAGGUUUGUUGUCCUGUUGAAAGGUGAACCUUCACCCCAGUCUGAGGUCCAGACCGACUAAUCUCCCAGUCUCUGCCGCUUAAAAACAUCCCCACAGCAUGAUGCUGCCACUACCAUGCUUCACCGUAGGGAUGGUGCCCGGUUUUCUCCAGACGUGAGGCUUGGCAUUCAGGCCAAAGUGUUCAAUCUUAGUUUCAUCAGACCAGAGAAUCUUGUUUCUAAUGGUCUUAGAGUCCUUUAGGUGCCCUUUGGCAAACUCCAACUGGGCUGUCAUGUGCCUUUUACUGUGGAGUUACUUCCGUCUGGCCACUCUACCAUAAAGGCCUGAUAGGUGGAGUGCUGCAGAGAUGGAUGUACUUCUGGAAGUUUCUCCCAUUUCCAUAGAGGAACUCUGAAACUCUGUCAGAGUGACCAUUGGGUUCUUGGGCACCUCCAUGACCAAGACCUUUCACCCCCAAUUGCUCAGUUUGCAGACAGCUCUAGGAAGAGUCUUGGUGGUUCCAAACUUGUUCCAUUUAAUAAUGAUGGAGGCCACUGUUUUCUUGAGGACCUUCAAUGCUGCAGAAAUGUUUUGGUACCCUUCCCCAGAUCUGUGCCUCAACACAAUCCUGUCUUGGAGCUCUACGGACAAUUCCUUCGACUUUAUUGCUUGCUUGGUUUUUGCUCUGACAUGCACUGUCAACUGUGGGACCUUAUAUAGACAGGUAUUUCCAAAUCAAUUGAAUUUACUACAGGCGGACACAUAUCAAGUUGUAGAAACAUCUCAAGGAUGAUCAAUGGAAACAGCUCAAUUUCAGGUCUCAUAGCAAAGGGUCUGAAUUCUUAUGUAAUUUGUUUUUGCUUUGUUAUUAUGGGGUAUUGUGUGUAGAAUGAUGAGCAUUUAUUUUUUGAAAUCCUAAUUAGAAUAAGGCCGUAAUAUAACAAAAUGUGAAAAUAGUCAAGGUGUCUGAAUACUUUCUGAAUGCACUGUCUAUGCAUGAUUUCUGAGAGUUUACCAUCAGUAAACAAAGCCCGGGAACAUUGAAGUGUUCCAGUCAUGGUGGGGAGCAGCCAGCCACUGGUCUGGGGGGCUUAGUACACAUGGCAUGCCUAAACUCAGGGAUCAGAUCUUCUUAGGGGACAUGUGUGUGAGACCCUAGCCCAGUGCUGCUGUCCCCAUACAGUUUCACUAUGGCCUUCAUACGGAAAUAUAGAGACUCUUAGUGGCAGAUCAUUCCUAGUAGUCGUUUUUUAAAUCUAACGUCACAUUGCUACCUACCUUACAGCCACCUCCACAACUGUUUGCCACUUUCAUGUUUUGAAAUAGAUGUAUUACAUUCUCGUUAGUGUUCUAUUAUUUUCUAGAAUGUGUUUUCACCGAUAAUGGAUAUGUCAUUUGCAAUUGCUAUACUGAAACUACCUCUUUUUUUGUGUCAUCACGUAUUUUACUUUCACACAGGUAAUGCUUAAUAAAAAAUCAUAUUCAUUGGUUUCAAUAGCUAGGUUCCCAUCCAAUUGGUACUGAUUUUGUUGCAAAUAUUCUAAAAUCCGCAUAAAGAAAAUAUGCGCAUUUCCCACCAGUGGUGUUUCCUCCAAACGGAUUUGCGGUAGUUCACAGAAAAUGUACUUAUUUGCUUAAAUUUUCAUUUACCCCCAAAAAAUCUACAUUUCAAAGUGUUUCUAUCGCAUUUUCAGCUCUACGGAUAGUUUUGUCACAAAAACUGUUGUGCUAAAUGGCAGAUGUGACUAUUCUGGUCGUGGAACCUGUGCUCUAGCCAACAGCUCGCACAUACAGUGCAGUUAGGCUGUGCGGAUUAUGAGAUUAUUAUGGAUUAUUAAGAGCGAGAAUAUUUUUAUUUGUCAAACGACAGUCAAGCAUCGAUCAUCAUGUCAGACCCUCAAUAUUUAUUGGAAAGGAGUGUAAAGCUCACCUUUAACACUCCAUCACACAUGAUUUAAUCUGUAGCCUAAUAAACUGCAUGAUUUCCCGAGUCGUAGCGGGAGGACCACACACCAUAUCAUUGUGUGACUCCAAGUUAACUUUCGGUAUGAUGGUCAUUAUAUCAAUAUUUGUGCAUAAAUGCGUUUCCACCACCAUUUCUUGCAUAAUGAAUUUUACUGACACGAAAAGAUCCCACCAUGUCGAACUAACAAAUUAUCUGUCGGCAUUUAUAAAAUUGUACCGAAAUGUCCUGUUUCCAUCACAGCUGUCAGGAUUUUUUUUUAUACCGUAUGACUUUACUCGCCUAAAACAUUUGAAUGGAAAUGUGGUUAUUGCACCAAUGUUCUGUUAUUUUGUGUCUCUUAUUUUAUCCAGUUACCACUCACUGUUACUUAUUGUGCAUGUGAAUGUUGCCUCAUAUGCUAUUCCGUGCUACCUCAGGAAAAACUGUCGCCUAGGCCUUAGUGGGUGGGAGUUAGUUUGACCACCUUGCCACUUUACAUUUACUCUAACCGCUUUUUAAAAAUCUGUGAUCAUCAUAUAUUUUCCAACAUCGAUUAUGUAAUUAAUGACAUCAUACCUCACUGAUCAAUGAAAACUGAUCUUAUUUACCACCUUGUCAUGAUUACCAUACCAAAGAAUUUCGACAGGAAUCUAAACUUGAAUCAGUUUACUUUGUAGUGUCAUAUUAAUAAGUAUUGUAUUCCAAUCAAUGUAUUGUGUUCCUUCACUAUAUUGAUAUAGUUGUUUUGAUGUACCAAACAAUCUACUUGUGAAGUGUAAAGAGUCAAAUGAUCAGUAUCAUGAUUGAUAUUUAUAACGCUGCUUGUGAGUGAUUAUCAAUUAGAAUGUAACUUUGGCCAAACUGCCAUUUACUGUUGUUCACAUGUUUUUCCUCACUCCUCUCAAUAAUAACUGGUGAAUGAGUUGUGUGUUUUAAAAGUGUUUUAACAAGCUCAUUCAGUGUUAUAACAAUGAAUUCACGGAGGCUCAUCAACGAGCCCACAAUGGGGAAUGUCUAAGGCAACCAGAAGAGCAGAUAAAAUCAGAAUGUAUCUCUGGGAUCUUAAUGUUUUUCCAUUGAAUGUGAAGAUACCACUAGAUAUGCAGGUGAAACACAUGACAUUUGUAUCUGCCAUGUUUUUUGUUUGUUAUUUUUUUAUCUUUUGAAAACCCUUUCUCCUCGUCUUGUUACUACCUGUGAUGAAUGUGAUCCAUACGUGUUCAAUGCAUGUUUAGAAUGUGUUAGGAUUUGAAACCAAAUAAAUGUGAACGUUAUGCAACUGUGA